CUCAACAGUUUUCCCUCUCCCUUGAGGAAAUUGAAGGGGGGGAUGGUGUGUGAGUGUGUGUUUGAGUGUGUCUAUCUGUGUAGGCGCGCGCGUGUGUAUUAAAGGAGGAUCCCAUGGCCGGGCGGCCUGCUGCUUGCAUGUGGCUACAGCAGUCGGGCGGUAAGCCAAUGGCUCGUGGUUACGCAAGUGUCGACGGAACUCCCAGCGUGCUGCGCGCCUGCAUCCGCACGUUCAUGGCGGCGGCCGGACGGCUAGGGCCCCUUUCAUUCUUUGUACUAUGGACCACGGUGACUGUGGUUCUGCAUGGCUCUGGCGAAGGGGGAUGGCGGCAGAGUGGGAUGGGGACUGCAGGAGCAGUCGAGGAGGAGCGUUGCACGGUGGAACGCAGAGCACACCUCACGUACUCCGAAUUCAUGCAGCACUAUGCUUUCCUCAAGCCAGUCAUCUUGCAGGGACUCACGGACAACUCGAGGUUCCGGGCCUUAUGCUCCCGGGAAAACCUGCUAGCCUCCUUUGGAGACAAAGUUGUUCGUCUGAGUACAGCCAACACCUACUCCUACCAGAAAGUGGACCUGCCUUUCCAAGAGUAUGUGGAGCAGCUGCUGUACCCCCAGGAUCCUACAUCCUUGGGCAAUGACACCCUGUACUUUUUUGGAGACAACAACUUUACUGAGUGGGCACCACUAUUCCAGCAUUAUUCUCCGCCUCCAUUUCGUCUACUGGGAACCAUCCCUGCUUACAGCUUUGGGAUUGCAGGGGCUGGAUCUGGGGUACCCUUCCACUGGCAUGGGCCUGGCUUCUCAGAGGUGAUCUAUGGUCGGAAGCGUUGGUUCCUCUACCCUCCUGAGAAGACACCAGAGUUCCACCCCAACAAGACCACAUUGGCCUGGCUCCUGGAAAUAUACCCAUCCCUAGUCCCAUCAGCUCGGCCCCUGGAAUGUACCAUCCAGGCUGGUGAAGUGCUGUACUUCCCUGACAGGUGGUGGCAUGCCACACUCAAUCUGGACACCAGCGUCUUCAUAUCUACCUUCCUUGGCUAGCCAAACAGGCAG